AUGACAUCCCCUGCACAUUUCGACGACCAGGAAUUUGAUUUUGGAGGCGAAUUUAGCGGCACACGUCCAGAUACUAUAGGUAAUAUAGGUAAUAAGAGGCCAUCUCCUGAUUAUGAGGAUGGAGAUUUUGAUAAUGAUCCUUUGGGAAAGAAGUUGAAAUCGAAAGCCGAAGAAGAAGCUGCUUCUGGUGUCACAACUGGAAUGAUUUUGUCUCUUCGUGAGAGUCUUCAGAAUUGUAAGGACACGCUUGACUCGUGCAUGAAUGAACUCGAGGCUGCACAAUCCGAGAUUAAAAAAUGGCGCUCUUCAUUUCAAAAUGAACUAUUCAUACCUGCUGGGACCACACCGGUACCCAAAUUGGUGAUUAAUUAUCUCCAAGCACUGAAAGCAUCGGAAGAGUCCUUAGGCGAUCAGCUUGAAAAGGCAAAGAAAAAGGAGGCUGCAUUCAUUGUGACAUAUGCUAAACGUGAGCAAGAGAUAGCAGAGCUGAAGUCUGCUGUACGGGACCUCAAAGCUCAACUCAAACCAGCAUCAAUGCAGGCAAGGAGGUUCUUACUAGACCCAGCAGUUCAUGAAGAGUUCUCGCGGUUAAAGAAUUUAGUUGCGGAAAAGGACAAAAGGGUAAAAGAGUUGCAAGAUAACAUUGCUGCGGUAAACUUUACUUCACAAAGCAAGAUGGGGAAGUUGCUAAUGGCUAAAUGUAGAACUCUGCAGGAGGAAAAUGAAGAGAUUGGGCAUCAAGCUUCUGAGGGCAAGAUGCAUGAAUUAGCAAUGAAACUUUCAUUGCAGAAAGACCAGAAUUCCGAGCUCAGAAAUCAAUUCGAAGGGUUGCAGAAGCAUAUGGAUGGAUUGACCAAUGAUGUGGAAAGAUCCAAUGAAAUGGUUUUCAUGUUGAAAAAUAAAUUAGAUGAGAAGGAUCAGGAGAUCCAAAGACUGAAAGAUGAGUUGCAACAAAAAAACUCCGCAAAGAAGGGGAGAACAGAUGAUGUAUCUAAUGCCAGAGAUUGA